UCCAGCAACUUGUUCGAGCUAUCAUUAGAAUCCAUCUAGACGUCGGCGGAUUAGUAUCAUUUUAUUGCGUUGCGCAGAGAGAGAACACUCCUCUUUAUGCAAUAUUUUGUUAUGAGUGUAUAAUUUUCACGUACAUAUUGAGCGACGGUAUUACGGAAAAACCAAAUUUCAGUAAUAAUGUGGUGCACAGGAAAAAGCAUUAUCUUUGUCUGGCUGCUAUGCAUCCGGACAAUGAUAAUGUCAAGUAAUAUCGAGAAAAAACAUCAUACUUGUGAUUUGCCGAAUACUUUAAUCGAAGAAAUAGACUCCUACGCGCCCAUAGUGCAAGGUAUAAUCUAUGAGGCUACGCAAGGUUCUUUCAAAGGAAACACAUGGCAAGAUUUGGCGAAUUUUGUUGAUAAAUUUGGUCCAAGGUUCAGUGGUACCCAAACACUCGAGGAUGCUAUCGAUUAUGUGCUCAACAAAUCGACUAGUUUAGGUUUAGAUAAUGUACAUGGUGAACCAGCUACUGUACCACGUUGGGUCAGGGGUUCAGAAUCUGCAACUCUAUUGCAACCAAGAAUAAAAAAUUUGGCGUUAUUAGGACUAGGUUACAGUAUCAGUACUCCAGAAGAUGGUAUAACUGCUAACGCUGUGGUGGUGAAUAGUUUUGUAGAACUUAAAGAAAGGGCGAAAGAGGUUCCAGGGAAAAUUGUCGUGUACAAUGAAAAAUUUGUCUCGUACGAGGAAACUGUGGAAUAUAGAAGUGCGGGUGCCACGAAGGCAGCAGAAUUGGGAGCAGUGGCUGUUUUGAUCCGAUCGGUAACACCAUAUUCGUUGUAUACUCCGCAUACCGGUGUGUUGAGCUAUGGAGAGAAUGUUACUAAAAUCCCAGCUGCUUGCAUAACUAUCGAAGAUGCGAGUCUUUUACGAAGAAUGGCGGAUCGAGGUGAAGAAAUAGUAAUAAAUCUGAAAAUGCAAGCGAGAAGAUAUCCUGAUACGCAGUCACGCAACGUUAUAGCAGAUAUCACCGGCUUUAGCAAUCCUGAAAAAACAGUCGUCGUUUCUGGACAUAUAGACAGUUGGGAUGUUGGACAAGGUGCAAUGGACGAUGGAGGCGGCAGUUUUAUAUCUUGGAAUGCUUUAAAAUUAUUAAAACAUCUCGGGAUUCGGGCGCGAAGAACAAUAAGAAUGAUAAUGUGGACUUGCGAAGAACUUGGCAUUAUCGGAGCUCGUCAAUAUAUACAAAGACACACAGCACAGAAUGAAAAUUUGCAAUUCGUAAUGGAAUCCGACAUGGGCACAUUCUUCCCGAAGGGCCUCGAAUUCACUGGAAACAAUUUAGUUAAAUGUAUACUUCAGAGAAUAAUGCAAUUGUUGGCUCCGAUGGGUCAGAUGAAAUUGAGGAGCCCCUGCCAGGGGCCUGAUAUUGAUUACUGGAUAAAAGCUGGCGUACCAGGUGCCAGUCUUUGGACACGAAACGGAAAAUACUUCUACUAUCAUCAUACGAAUGCAGACACCAUGCUGGUGGAAAAUCCGGAAGCCCUGGAUAUGAAUACAGCCAUAUUUGCAGCGGUAUCAUUCGUUCUGGCAGAUAUCAGCGCUGAUCUACCACGACACAAUUACACAGCUGAAUUAUCUUAAUAAAAUUAUCUAAAUGUGUAUGUGUAUAUGAUUAUGAUCGAAUGUUUAUAGAGAGAAACCGUUUUUAUUUCAAAUAUAUCUAUAUAUACAAUCGCAGAAUAUAAAUAAUUAGGUAAUCUAUAAUGCAGUUUAAAAUCUUUCAAAGCGUCAAAAUACAAUGCAUAUGAACAAAA